UGUUCGCCAAACUAUUUUAUUUUUCAAUGCCAAUUUGGCGAAGUGUCUUUAAUUUACUCUCUCGUUUCAAACAAUUUUUUUCUCUAAUUUUGUUGUACAACCGGUUGUUGUUUUUGUGUGUUUUUGAGAGUGUUUUUGUUGUUCGUUUUCAUGUUUUUAAUCGUUUUUACGUGUGUUCCCCAUCCCCUGACCCGCGCGCAGCGAAAAAACUUAAAAAUUAAGCUUAAAAUCUUUAAAAAUUAAAAGUUUUUUUACAAAAAUCUAACCAUUUUUUUCAUUCAGCACAACCAGCAGACUUCAACAUGCUGUACGUGGAGCAGUGUUUUUUUAUUUUUUUUAUUUAUUUUUUAAAUUUUUCUCCAAAAAUUUCAAAUUUUUUCAAUUAUAGUGCUCAUCAUGGUGCUCGUCAUGGCUGGAAGAAUAUGCUCUGGAGAAUAUGGGAGAAGCAUGGAAGCUGUGGAAACCCGGUGUGGUUAAUUUUUUUGAGUUUUUGCUUUUUUAAGCAGAUGUGUUCUGCAUGGUGGUUGGUGCUCUUCAUGUUGGCUAGCUCUUCUACAUGGUGGCUGUCUUCUCUUCUGGCCCAACCGGGCGAAGCUGCUCAACUUAUGGCCAGAUGGGGGCCAAUGGUUCGUGGAGGGAGUGUGGACAGCUGUGCUCAACAUGGUUGGACAAUGGAGGACUAUGGGUGUGCUGGUCUCGUCUACCUGGCUCGUCUACAUGGAUGGUGGUCUCGUCUACAUGGUGGAUUGGUGGAGGAUCUUCAGAAAUAGUAAGUU